UCUCUCUAGAUGUUCGGCAAUCUUUUAUGAAAAUCUCUAGUCGUCCGAAAAAAGAUUUUUGGAAGUUUUUGAAAGACUACAAAGAGGAACAAUUAAGAGCAAUUAUAGAUCAAUAAUGGACAAUUAAAGAAAAAUUGUAAAUGAUGUUUUGUGUCGCGUAAUUAUAGUUGAAUACACGUUUCGUAAGAAAAAGAAAAACCUCAAUUACCGCGGACUUCAGUGUUGUUUAAACUAUAUGCGUAUCAUCUGCGUUGCAUCACAUGUUUACAUAUAAUUGUGAUUAACAAUAUUUACAACGCAAGUUAUGUCGACGAAAUGCGAUUACUUUUUCAUCUAUAGAAAGUUUUGCAAUAAUUGAUGAACGUCACAUCAAAUAUGUGAAUACUCGAUAUGUAUUCAUGAUAUCAAGAAUUUACUUUUCUUUUUAUUAGCAAUUCGCGACAUACAAUAACGAAUCGUCGCGAAUUAUUUUGGUGUCCAUUUAAUUUAUAUGUGUUUUUGUAUUGAGACUCUUCGAGGAGAACAAAUGUCUGUGAACAAUGAGUGAUUUAAAUGAUUCGGUAAUAAUUUGUGAGACCCUAUCUGAUUCAAAUAAACAAAAACAAAACCUCCGGUUAAACCAGGAGAAAGCUAAAAAGAUUAAAAGGAAAACAUUUUACGAGAGUCCUCUAAGACAUAUUCAGUUAAGUGGCAAACGAUGGGAAGAACGAAUAAAAAUGCAAGAAAAGUUAAAUUCUACCGUAGCCAAUCAACAAAUUAACAAAAGUAAAAACAGGCUUUUCUCCAACAAUGAACUUAAUAGUUUGUGCCAAGACAGUAUAAUUGUAUUAAGCGAUAACGAAUGUGAAAGUAUCGAUGCAACGGACAAACAUGUUUGCAAAGACAAGGGACAGACUGAAAAGAGAUUUUUGAAAAAGUUAGACAACAACAAUACAAAUCGACCUUUAAAACGCAAAAAGUCCCAUGUUCUUGUAUGCUCGAAAAAAAGAAAAUCUAUUUUUCUAUCGGAUAACGAAGAUUCUGAUAUAGCAGCGGUCGAGGUAGAUGAUGAAAACAGAGUGCCAUUGGAUUCUGUAAAUCAGAGUACAGACGAUGUUGUUGUAGUGUGGUCGUCUAAAAAUGUAGCUUUGUCAGGUAUUCCAACCAAAGAUGGUACCAUCGUCGACGAAGGAACGAUGAAAGAAGGACUGGUAAAUUUUGGAAAAGAUAGGGAAGAUAGCUUGGAGAGAGAAGAUAAACAUGAAGAAACUGGUAACCAGAAAAGAAAGGAAGGUGAAGCAGCAAUGGUAAACGAGGAAGAAGAAAGCAAUGAAUUAGUUGUAAAAGAAAUUACAGAUGAGGAAAACGAAGCUGAGAAAACUAUAAAUCUAGACGAAGAUAAUAGACUUUUUAUGAUAGACUUCAAUCCAGAUCCAAAAAAUCUUCACUGUUUGAUAACCAAAAAGAAAAAGAAAAAGACGAUAAAAAAUAAUAAUGAAAGAGAAGCGUAUAUACACGAUAAUGAUUUACUUUUCAACAAGAAAGGUUUGAAACUGCCACACUGUGCAAAAAAUAUAGAAGUUAUAGUGACGACGGAAAGACGGAAAUCGUUUUCUACGAUAUUGUCAAAAUUAGAACAAAAGUCAUCCGAGUUAUAUUCGGAAGAUACGCAACCCGGUACAUCGAGUACGCAAACUGUGGCUACGAACGAUGUGUCAUUAAAUACUGUACUACGAGGACGUAUAACAUUUCCAUUGACUGGUUUGAGAGAGAUUGUUAUCGAUGGGAAUAAUGUAGCUAUGGCACAUACAAAUGGCAAAACAUUUUCAGAAAUUGGGUUAAUGAUAGUUAUUAAUUACUUCAGAGGUAGAGGACACCUGGUAAAAGUGUUUGUACCUCAAUAUAGAAGGUCGAUAAAUUGUCCACUGCUCGAAGAAUGGUAUACAGAAGGUAUAGUAGUUUUUACACCCAGUAGAUAUAUAGCUGGAAAAUGGAUAACUCCUUACGAUGAUCGAUACAUAAUACAGUAUGCAACAAUAUGCAAAGGUAUCGUAAUUUCCUCGGAUCAGUUCAGAGAUCUGUACAAAGAAAAGCCAGAAUGGCGCGAUACGAUUAUAAAUCGAUUAAUGGCUCCAACUUUUGUUGGUGACAUAGUCAUGUUUCCGGAAGAUCCUUUAGGCAGAACAGGGCCCACGCUUGAACAAUUUUUAAGGCACUAAAUAUGGGAAAUUCAAUUUAUAGUAAGCAACAGAUGAAAAUAGAAUGUAAUGGUACACCGGUGGAAACUUUGUACAGUUAAGUUCUAUAAACUUCUCUUGUGAAAACAGUUCAUUAUUAGAAAAAAGUACUUUUUUCUUGUAUAUUGUACAAACAUACACAUUUACGUAUUA